AAAAGGUCCAUCAUGCUUAUGCUUCCACUGAAAAAGAGAAGUGCGCACGUUAGCUCAUGAUGGCUCUUCUCCCCCUUCGUAAAAUCCUUCUUGUAAUACCGUAUAUAUAUAUACGAACACAAACCAAAUCGCAUCUACCCUUUUACACAAUCCAUCAUCACCGCUCUUUCUCUCUCUGGUUUAAUUAAUGGAAGAAGCUUACAGUUGUUUACACCACUUUCAUCUUUAUAUAUAAUACUCCAUAGUUGUUGUAUAACUACUUCUUCUUCUUCUUCUUCUUCUUCUUUCUCUGGGUUUUCAUAUCUUCAAAGCUAAUGCUUAAUUGGGUGUUCUUUUUUCGGACUUUCUUAUGUGUAUAUAAGAUUCGCACAAAUCGAGGCAGGCACUUUCUUCUUGAAGAUUGGAAUUUUGAGGCCUGAGUACAACAGCUUUCAGCUUUUUCCCGCGUUUAGUUUCUCUUUCGGUAUUGGAGUUGUAGUAAUUAAUACUCGUAAAGAGAAUGAAAUUGGUUUUGGGGAAGAGGAAGAACGACGACCCAUUCCUUUAAAGAGUUCAUUAAUGUUAAGUUGUUGCGAUUAUCUACAAAGAUAAAUACCAGAGUAAAGACAAAUUUGAGGCCCAUGAAAACUCCAUUCAAAGAUCCAAAGGUUGAUAAGCAAAUGCAAAUGGAGGCUGAGAAAACAAGCACAAGCACAACCAGAAGAGGUUCAGUGAGAGAGAGAAAGAUGGCAUUGCAACAAGAUGUGGAGAAGCUAAGGAAGAGGCUUAGACAUGAAGAGAAUGUUCAUAGAGCUUUAGAGAGGGCAUUUACCAGACCUUUAGGAGCUCUUCCGCGAUUACCUCCUUAUCUUCCUCCUUCCACAUUGGAGCUUCUAGCAGAAGUUGCUGUUUUGGAAGAAGAAGUUGUAAGACUUGAAGAACAAGUGGUUCAUUUUAGGCAAGGCCUAUAUCAAGAAGCUGUCUACAUUUCAUCCUCUAAGAGGAAUCUUGAAAAUGCACUUGAUGGCCAAGAACACAAAGCCUCCAAGUUAUCACCUCAACUUGAGACCAAUUUAUCAACACCCAUUAUUGAAAAUUCACCUAUGAUCUCAGAAAAACAAGCAUGCACAACUGCCGCUAAAAUCAAGCAGCGAUCGCCAAAUCCAAAAUCUCAAACUCCCAAUUCAAGGAGAUCACCAGUUGAUUCUAAAUCAACAGGGAAGAGUUUAGAUCCUAAAAAAUUACAGUUUGAAGGUAGAGCAAUGGAGGGUGCAUAUUUAGAGGGAAAAACCUUUGUGAUUCAAGAAAAAGGCUUGUUAUCAGGAGAUGAUGAUCCGAAUAAGAUUUCUGAAAGUAUUCUAAAAUGUUUGAUGAACAUUUUUGUACGAAUGAGCUCAACAAGGAGUAGAAGUAUCACAGAAAUGCUACCUUCACUGACAUCUAUUGAAACUCUCAAAGAAACAGAGUUUAAGGAUCCUUAUGACAUUUCUUGCAAAUUCGAGAAGAGGGACAUUGGUCAGUAUAAACAUUUAUAUGCUAUUGAAGCAACUUCCAUCAACAAAAACCGAACAACGAAUUCUGUGUUUUUGAUACAAAGACUGAAGCUCCUACUUGGGAAACUUGCAUCCGUCGAUCUAACAAGUCUCACUCACCAAGAAAAGCUUGCGUUCUGGAUCAAUAUUUAUAAUUCGUGCAUGAUGAAUGCGUUUCUUGAACAUGGUAUACCAGAAAGUCCUGAGAUGGUUGUUCAACUAAUGCAGAAGGCAACAAUAAACGUUGGAGGGCAUUUUUUAAACGCAAUCAGCAUCGAACAUUUCAUAUUGCGACUCCCUUAUCAUUCAAAAUACACUUUCACAAAGGGUGUAAAGAAUGAUGAGAUAACUGCAAGAAGUGUGUUCGGGUUGGAGUUAUCAGAACCGCUAGUGACGUUUGCUCUCUCCUGUGGAAGCUGGUCCUCCCCUGCUGUAAGAAUCUACACCGGCUCUGAAGUUGAAAAUGAACUUGAAGUCGCGAAAAAAGAUUACUUACAGGCUGCAAUUGGGAUUUCAACCGCAAAGAAAAUGGUUGCAAUCCCAAAACUGUUGGAUUGGUAUAUGCUUGAUUUCGCCAAAGAUAUGGACUCAUUGCUAGAUUGGGUAUGCCUUCAGUUACCAAAUGAAGUCGGAAAAGAAGCAAUGAAGUGCCUCGAGAGAGAGAAGAGCGUACCCCUUUCACAUUGUCUUCGAGUUAUUCCUUAUGAGUUUCGGUUCAGGUAUCUUCUGCACAAAUAAAAUCUUUUUGCAUUGGUCUUUAAAAGAUUCUUGAGUUAUAGAUUUGUAUACAGCAUGAAAACACAUAAUGGAAGUAGAUAUAUAUAAUCCAUUCCCCACCAUUGUAAGUAUUAAUCAUCAAGUUGGUAUACUAUUCAAUUUUUUAAUUAAUGUGGAUUGAUGGGCUUGGUUUUGAAG